GAAAUCAUGAGCAGGGGCAAUCAGAGCAGUGUGUCCGAGUUUCUCCUUUUGGGGAUCCCUAUGUGGAGAGAGAAGCCAGGCAUAUACUACAGCCUGUUCCUGGGCAUGUACCUGACCACGGUGCUGGGGAACCUGCUCAUCAUCCUGCUCAUCCGGCUGGACUCUCGUCUCCACACCCCCAUGUACUUCUUCCUCAGUCACUUGGCCCUCACUGACAUCUCCUUCUCAUCUGUCACAGCUCCAAAGAUGCUCUUCAACAUGCAGACACGGAGUCAAUCCAUCUCAUAUGCUGGGUGCAUUUCCCAGAUGUAUUUCUUUUUAUCUUUUGUAGAUAUUGACAACUUCCUUCUCACCUCCAUGGCUUAUGACAGAUAUGUAGCCAUCUGUCACCCUCUCCACUACACCACCAUCAUGAGUCAGAGUCUGUGUUACCUCCUAGUAAUUGUUUCUUGGGUGUUAGCCUGUACCAUUGCCCUUUUGCACACUCUCCUCCUGGCUCGUCUCUCUUUCUAUGAAGACAACACUGUUCCCCACUUCUUUUGUGACCUCUCUGCCUUACUUAAACUGUCCAGCUCAGAUACCACAGUCAAUGAGAUGGUAAUCCUCACUGUGGGAGUGGUGGUCAUUACUGUGCCAUUCAUCUGCAUCUUGGUCUCUUAUGGUCAUAUUGGGGCCUCUAUCCUGAGGGUACCUUCCACCAAGGGAAUCUUGAAAGCCUUAUCCACAUGUGGCUCUCACCUUACUGUAGUUUCCCUGUACUAUGGGUCUAUUAUUGUACUGUAUUUUUUCCCUUCAUCCAACAACUCCAAUGAGAAGAAUGUUAUUGUGACUGUGCUAUAUACUCUGGUCACUCCCAUGCUAAAUCCUUUUAUCUAUAGUCUGAGGAAUCGGGACAUGAAAGGAGCUUUGGGGAACAUACUGUGUAGAAAAAUAUUUUCAAAAUUAUAA